AUGGAUGCAUAUGUGCGCCGUGAUACAGACAGCGCUCUAGGAUGCUUGAAGUUGGCCAGUGCCUUUCAAGGUGCACAAAGUAGGCGGGAAAAGAAAUCAAGUACCGUCAGAAAACCCGCAAUGAAAGCAGCCUUGCCGUUACAGGGACAAGGUGUAACCAGUCCUUCAAAAUUGACCUAUGAUAUGGCAAACCGGUCUCCAGUGUUUCAAAGAAAUGCAGGGCAAAACAAGGCAAGAUCGUCGCUGGUAGGCAACGAGGGGGAGAGGAAAAGGUCGUCGCGGCUCUUAGAUGACAAGUGGGCGCCGAAGGUUGGAGAACCAAACCAAAACCAAAUGCACUCAUGUAGUAAUAAUAGAUUGAGGGAGGCCUCAGGAGAUCACAAGCACGAAAUUUACCAAGUGGAAACAGUCUUCAGAACCAACAUCAAGCUUCAUAUCAGCGAAAAAGAAUCCUUUGCAAUUGAGCUCCCCUUUCUGACAUGUCGAAAUUAUAUCGAGUUGAAAUGUUUCGAGCUUAGCAACACAAGUAGAAGAAGCGUUUUAAACCUUGACAUCCUAAGACCAAAAUGGUUAUCUAAAAUCCGAUAUCCAAAUGAAAAGUCCGGCAGAACUCCAAUGACAAGAACCAAUCCGAAAAAUGGAAGAACCCGCGUGCCACCCAGUAAUAGAAGCUGGGUGAAGAUGCUCUGUGGGGUUGGGUUUGGGCUAGGGAAAAGAGGGCUCAUAUGUAAUCCAUAUUUCCGAGACUUCUUGAUCCAAACCAAGAGAAAGGCGACGUCGCGGAUGCAUCUCUUUCUGGAUGAAGCUGCGUUCAGACCGAAUCGCAGUGCAUUCUAUCCACCGCUGAAUUUAGACGUGGAGGCGGAUUUGGAGCCAAAUAGCUGUAAAUGGUUGCAUUCCGGUUUAGGAGUUGGGGAGAGCCUUGUUACCAACGCCUCUACUUCAGUUAUACACCCCUUCGUUUCCCGCAUCGAAUCUUCCUCCAUCAAAAGGUUUCAUUGA